CCGAGCAGAAGAUGGCUGUGCCUCCCACAUAUGCCAAUCUUGGCAAAUCUGCCAGGGAUAUCUUCACCAAGGGCUAUGGCUUUGGAUUAAUCAAACUCUAUUUGAAAACAAAAUCUGAGAAUGGAUUGGAAUUUAUGAGCUCAGGCUCAGCCAACACAGAGACCACCAAAGUGAAGGGCAGCCUGGAAACCAAGUACAGGUGGACUGAAUAUCGCCUGACGUUUACAGAGAAGUGGAACACUGACAACACACUGGGCACUGAGAUCACUGUGGAAGAUCAGCUUGCACGUGGACUGAAGCUGACCUUCGAUUCAUCCUUCUCACCUAACACUGGGGGAAAAAAUGCUAAAAUCAAGACAGGGUACAAGCGGGAGCACAUCAACCUGGGCUGCGAUGUGGACUUUGACAUUGCUGGGCCUUCAAUCCGGGGUGCUCUGGUGCUGGGUUAUGAGGGCUGGCUGACUGGCUACCAGAUGAAUUUUGAGACCGCAAAGUCCUGAGUGACCCAGAGCAACUUUGCAGUUGGUUACAAGACUGACGAAUUUCAGCUUCACACUAAUGUGAAUGACGGGACAGAGUUUGGUGGCUCCAUUUAUCAGAAGGUGAAUAAGAAAUUGGAGACGGCUGUCAAUCUCGCCUGGACAGCAGGAAACAGUAACACUCGCUUUGAAAUAGCAGCAAAGUAUCAGAUUGACCCUGAUGCCUGCUUCUCAGCCAAAGUGAACAACUCCAGCCUGAUUGGUUUAGGAUACACUCAGACCCUAAAGCCAGGUAUCAAACUGACACUGUCAGCUCUGCUGGAUGGCAAGAAUAUCAAUGCUGGUGGUCACAAGCUUGGUCUAGGACUGGAAUUUCAAGCAUAAAUUAAUACUGUACAAUCAUUAAUUUUAAACUAUUUUGCAGCAUAGAUACCUUCAGAAUUUAGUGUACCUUUUAAUGUUGUAUGUCUGGGAUGCAAGAAUUGCUAAAAAUCAUGUUAGACCUCCAGGUGAAAGAGGAUUCAGCUUUAAAGUGUUACCAUUUCAGAAGUACAGAAGAAAUAGAGUCCAAAAAAAGGUCCUUUCAGCUGUAGACUUGUGUGUGUGUGUGUGAGGGACUUGGUGACCCCUCUAGAGAUGCCAGGUUUACUUUUUUUUUUAAAUCUAGAAAUGGCUGCAAAUGGAAGCUGAUAAUGUAUAGGCACUUUGUAAAUCUGUAUUGAGUAAAUGAAUGGAAUUGUGACUUCCUGAAAAUCAAA